CUGUGCGGUCACCACCACCACCAUCACCAUCACAUACCAAAGGACAUCCUGUGCGAGCUGAGCAUUCCGUGUUCAUGAUGUCACAAGUAAAGCAAACAAUUUGAAACGAUUCGAUACGCAACACACAUUGUUGUUCUGCCCCGUCUCCAGAUAAUUUUGGCAAACCAAAUUCCAGUGACGACGAUUCGAAAGGAUCAAACCCCUUUCCCAAAACAAUGCCGGAAACGAAGACGAAGACGCUUUCCAGCCCCAGCAAUGGUCUCGACCAAGCGGAUGAGGGCGAUGUGAUUGCCGCCGCCAAUCGUCUGGUCCCUCGCACCCGCAGUCCCACCCCCAGGCACCCUCGCCCACGCCCCCAUCACCAGCGUCCGCCGCAAGGUCGUCGAGAUGCCGGCGGCUUUACGGCCAGCCAGGAGAAUCGGCUGAAGGCCGGCGACAUGCGCAUGGCCCGGAUGCAGAUCAGUCUCUCCCAGCUGCGCACCGAAAUGGAGGAGUCGAGCAAGGAGAUCAGGGACCUCUGCAAGGCGAUGCGGGUCGAUGUGAAUGCUGAGUAAAAAAUGUCCUGGAGAUGUCCUGUAAAUGCCAUUAAUGUGUAGUCGGAAGGCGUGCGGAUCGAUGUGAAUGCUGAGUAAAAUGUCCUGGAGAUGUCCUGUGAAAUGUCUAUUAGUUAGCCUGGAAACCCAAUUCUUUAUUGUGAAGUCCUUCAUUUCUUUUGUGAAGUCCUGCAGUUAGUGUGAAGUCAAUUUAAUUAAUCAAAUUAACAUGAUAUCAAAUUUGAUGGUAUAUUAAAGAAUUUUUGUGUUCAAUAAACUUUGUAACAUACAAAUCACA